AUUAAAAUUUUAACAUUCGAUUUAGUAUUAAACCACACAAAAAAUGAAUGCUCCUCCGCUUUCUUAUGGCAUUCAAAGCACUGCAGGAGCAAUCCCUGUCAGAAACAACAAAGGUGAAAUUUCUAUGCAAAAGGUGAAGGUUCAGAGAUAUAUUUCUGGAAAGAGACCAGAAUAUGCAAGAGCAGAUUCAUCAGAUGAUGAUUCUGAUUUCGAAGAUUUUAUAGAUAACAGAAAACAUAAGUCGCAGCCUUCAAAUGAAGUGAAAAUUGAUCCAAUUAUUGCACCGGAUUUAAAUGAUGAAACUUUGGACGAUCCUCGGUUAAGACGCUUAAGAGCUAUAGCUUCUGAGCCUGCAGAUGUCAAUAGUGAUCGUUUAGAUAAACGUAGACAUGUACAUGAACCCGAAGAAGCAUCUGAAUCUGAAGCCGAAAAAUCUGAUGAAGAUGAUUUCUUGAAAGCGCAGCCUAUAGAUAACAGGACGAAAAAAAUUACCUUAGCUUCAGAAAGUGAUUCAGAUUCUGACCUAAGCGACACUGAAAUAGAAAAACGGAGGCAAAAACUAAGACAGAAAAUGUUACAACAGCAAAAGGAAGAAGAAGUAAUGCAAAAAGAAGAUGAAAAAAAAUCUGACUCGUCUGAAAUAGAAAGCUCAGAAUAUGAGGAGGAAACUGAAAGUGAGGAAGAAAAUGAACCAAGAUUGAAACCACUUUUUGUUCGAAAACGUGAUAGAGCCACAAUAGCGGAAAAAGAGCGUGAAUUGGCAAAGCAAAAACAACUAGAAAUCGAUAUGAAGAAACAAAUGAAAGAAAGGCGUCGCCAAACCCUUAAGAUGGUUGAAGAAAAUGUUAAAAAAGAUUUGGAGAAAAAUAAAUCUGAUUUAGGUGAACCUAAUAUCAAUGAUGUUUGUACUGAUGAUGAAAACGAUGAUGUCGAAUAUGAAGCAUGGAAACUAAGGGAACUGAAAAGAAUAAAACGGGAUCGCGAAGAAAAGGAAGCACUUGAUAAAGAAAAAUUGGAGAUAGAACGUUUGAGAAACAUGAAUGAUGAAGAACGUCGGCAGGAAUUACGUCUAAAUCCAAAACUUGUGACGAAUAAACCUGUUAAAGGGAAAUACAAAUUUCUGCAGAAAUAUUACCAUCGGGGUGCUUUCUAUUUGGAUGAGGAGAAUGAUAUAUUAAAAAGAGAUUUUGCACAAGCCACUUUGGAAGAUCACUUUGAUAAAACUAUAUUGCCUAAAGUCAUGCAAGUCAAAAAUUUUGGUCGUUGUGGUAGAACCAAGUAUACUCAUUUAGUAGAUCAGGAUACAACAGUUUUUGACUCGCCUUGGUAUGCAGAUACAGCCAACAACAUAAAAUUCCAUAAUGAGAAAGCUGGCGGAAUGAAACAAGUUUUUGACAAACCUUCAUUAUCUAAAAGAAGAAAAGUUUGAA